AUGCGCCUCCCGUACGUCUCCAACCCACCCCCAACCUCCAACGAAGAGGAAGAAACCAUUCUCAAGCGCGUCCAAGCCCGUCGCGGCGAACGAGGCCUCCUCCCCCUUGACCUAGCACUCCUCCACUCCUUCCCCGUCGCCGAUGGCUGGAACUCGUUUCUAGGCAGCAUCCGCAGCAAAACCUCCCUUGCCGCAGACAUUCGCGAGAUCGCAAUCUGCCGCGUCGCCGUUAUAAACCAGGCGUGGUUUGAGUGGACGAACCAUGCGCCGUUGCUGACGGAAGCCGGGUUUCCGGACGAGGCGCUGAAACUUGUGGAGCGCGGGGUUGAUAAUCCGCCCUCAGAUGAGGAGUUGGCGGCGCUGAUGUCCCCGAAGCAGAUUUCUGUGUUGAAGUAUACGGAGGCGAUGACGAGGACGGUUAAGGUGCCUGACCAGGUUUUUGAGGAGUUGAAGAGGCAUUUCAGUGAGAGGGAGAUCGUGGAGAUAACAGCUACUGUUGGGGCAUAUAACUGCGUGAGCAGGUUUUUGGUUGCGUUGAAUGUUGGGGAAAUGAAUAAAUAG